AUGACCUCGCCGUCGACCAGCGACAUCAUACGCUCCGUGGAAGACGGCCAUCUCUCACGCUCAGCCUUACCCACCUUUUAUCGCACCGAAAUCAAUAAUACCCUUCCCGCUACUCCACAAAGCCGUUGGGCAUAUGUCGGUACAACGGUCUCAAAUCUGGCUCACUUAGUCAACGCCCGAACAACGCGCCCGGACUGCCUCCAUUACCCCUUUCCGCACUAUCGAUCGACGCUUCCGUGGAAGCCCUCCGCUUCGUCCUCUACCGCACGUGCUAUACCAGUGAUUCAACCACAGGAAAGCUCCAGCGCACAUGAACCACCACACUGGACAUUCACGACUCUGCCAGACCCAGACCUUGGCAUAUUACCUGUCAGCGAGAUUCGAGUCGAGCUGAUAGACGCAUAUUUCAAAUAUAUUCACCCAGGAUAUCCUGUGGUUCAGGAAGCAGACUUUCGCCGGCGUCUGAAAGCCAGCACGGGCAAAGGGGGUGGCACCGACGGCGGCACAGCUCUUACUCAAGAGCCCCCGGCUCUGUUGUUGAUACAAUGUGUCCUGCUUGCAGGUGCGCAUGUCUCCACUCAUCCCACCGUCCAAAACGCUCGGUCGUCCAUCAAAGAAGCUCUGUAUCGCCGUGUGCGCACAUUAUUCGACAUGCGUUACGAGAAUGACCGCUUGCUUUUGCUCCAGGCUGCGUUGAUCUUGACGUGGCAUGUCGACUCGGGGGACGACGUCUCGGCCAACGCGUGGUAUUGGUCAGGAAUUGCGAGCCGCAUCGCGCUCGGCUUAGGCUUGCACCGCCGCUUUGCAUCGAUGACUAUGCGUCGUCGCGGCCAGAGACGUAUGCGGACGAUGUGGUGGAUGGUGGUGCAGACCGAGAUUUUGUGUGCCCUGAACCAUGGCCGGCCGGUGAGCUUCGACUUGGACGACUGUGAUCAAACUCUGCUCACAGAAGACGAUCUACAUGAGGAAGAGGUCGACCCCGAUACGGGUGCUCUAAGAGCUGUCUGCACUGCAAACGUUGACUUUUGCCUGGCUAACACCUCGUUGUGCGUCCUAAUCUGGGAAAUGUUGAAGCUCCACUCCCCUGGAGUGAAGAGAAGACUCGGUGGGGAGGGUUCAAUGGGCAUGAGAGCAGCGAAGAUGAACCUGAACGCUCGAUUGGCCGCUUGGUGCAUGCAGUUGCCACCGAGCAUGGGUCAGCCGGGAAUGCCAGCUCAGGACACUUUUGCUGCUCAACUGCAUCUACACUACUACAUGGCGAUCAUUGCAUUGAAUCGAAGGACCAAGACUGAGCCAAUGGGACUGGAUCCAGGUUAUGGCCUCACCUCGGACUCUCCCGGCGUUGCCUGGGCUCAGCAGGCCUCCGGCCCAUGUGAAGGUGCUGCUCAGGCGAGCACCCAGAUGCCCAGAGACGAUAUCGAGUCACAGCAAUGCUCUUCUCUCUGCCACACCUCUGCAGUUAGCAUCGUCUCUAUUUUGACCCACAUGGUCGAUAUGGGAUGGAUCAAGAGCUGUUGGCUUAGUACCAUGACAUCGAUCCUAGCCGCGGCGGUCCAUUUCAGCUACGAAAUUCGGUCGGCGACUCUAGGGGAACGAGGCGCCAACGGAGAAACAAACACGGAUCCUGCUUUGAGUGUGACACGCCACAGCCUGUCUCCGUUUCCGUCAACGCAGAGGUCGCCUUUUAGUCUCUUGGUCGCCCUAGGGUCUCUGGAUAGGCUGCAAAUGCUGGUUACUAUCUCGACCACGCUCAUCCCCUACUGGUCAUCUGCUGAAGGGCUGAGCCAGCUGCUCGAAACAAUCUCGGCGGAAUUAAAAGGGAUGAUCACGUUUGUAACCGGGCGCAAGGACAGGAAAGACACCAGCGCAGCCGACCGAAACACAGCAAAGAGAACCAGUGACGCUGUGGUCGAACAAAACGGCAACCCUUCCUUCACAGUAUCUGCCGGCACCCAUCAGACACCAGAUCCCAAAGGUCAGGUGCACCACAGGCAAUCGAAUGCUCCACUCAGUCAACAAGCAGAUGUCCCGGAACAGUCACACAAAUCACAGCGAACAUCCUACAUGUCCACUCCCGGGACCGCGACAAGAAACGACGAAGAGAGUCUUGAUUCUGACGCACUUAGACGCCACUCCACGUAUGCUACCGCUCGACAAGGCGAUUCAGAUUACGCUGACUCAAGUGUGUAUACUCACAUUAGUCGCAAAAACACUGCCGGCACGAGAGAGACAGCCUCAUUUGACCAGGCACCCGAUAUCUGGGAGCCACUUCCUGGAAACAGGACAACUCAACCGCAGGCUUCCAAUCCCGGGGCGGCUCUGACUUUUGACGACGACGCCCGCGACCCGCCAUAUUCUACGUCGGACACCCUACACGGAGACAGCAGCCGUGGAGCCAACAAUGUCGGCUCAAGAAACACGAUUCCAUUUCCCCCUCAUUCAGCACAGUCUUCCGCUUUUUCCUCCGCACCCGUGGGCGCCGAAACUCGCGGUCGAUCGGUUGACUACUCCUCCGGGCACCCGGCUCAGAGCUUUCCCACGUCGGGAUACUCUGGGUAUAACGUCGCUCAGGCGAUGCAGCCGCCGUCACGACAGGUAGAUACCGUGGCAGCGAGCGCCGCGGGGGGGAAUUGGGAGCUUCAAAUUGACGAUCUGCUGAGAUACAUGACCGACCCGGGCGCCAUGACUGACGCUGCGUCUGCCCAUGCCUACAACGCAGCCAACAUGCGGGAAAGGCAUGGAGACGCGAACAUGGGCGAAUACAUGGGUCCUUAUCAAUAG